GAGAACACCUUUCACCAGGAGUGCAUGGCAAAUCGCAACUCUUUGGCUCAUGUCUUCACCGUGGCUUUGUAUUCGGUGGUGUGUGUGGUGGGCCUGUUCGGCAACACCCUGGUGAUAUGGGUGGUGUUUCGUUUCUCAAAAAUGCAAACGGUAACAAAUAUUUAUAUUCUUAAUCUGGCCAUUGCAGAUGAGUGUUUCCUCAUUGGCAUACCGUUCCUAUUGUACACCAUGCGGAUUUGUAGCUGGAAGUUUGGCGAAUACAUGUGUAAGGCCUAUAUGGUGAGCACAUCGAUAACCCAGUUCACCUCUUCGAUAUUUCUGCUGAUAAUGGCAGCGGAUAGAUAUUUGGCUGUGUGUCAUCCCAUCGAAUCGCCACGCUAUAGGACGUUACGUAUUGCCAAGUUAGUAUCGAUGAUAGCCUGGAUUACUUCGGCCAUACUUAUGAUGCCGGUGAUAUUGUUUGCCAGCACAAUACGACAAGAGGAUGGCAUUAACUAUUCAUGUAACAUUGAUUGGCCCGAAGUGUACAAGAAACACUCUGGGACGACUUUCAUACUCUACACAUUCCUGCUGGGCUUUGCCACACCGCUCUGUUUUAUUUUGGUCUUCUAUUAUUUGGUAAUUAAAAAACUGCGUAGUGUCCAGCAGAAACAUAAAUCGAAGGAAAAGAAAAGGUCGCACCGCAAGGUUACACGCUUAGUGUUGACCGUUAUAACGGUAUACAUACUGUGCUGGCUGCCCCACUGGGUCUCCCAGGUAUCGCUGAUUAACUCCUUUGUGGGUCACCGUGAACUGACAAGGGUGGAGAUUUUGUUAUUCCUGCUCUUCGGCUGCCUGGCCUAUUCAAAUUCGGCCAUGAAUCCCAUACUCUACGCAUUUCUAAGUGAUAAUUUCCGCAAAUCGUUUAGCAAGGCCUUCAGCUGUGUAACCAGUCAUGAGGUGGAGGCACAAUUAAUUAACGAAAAUAGUGUGGUAACACACAAACGGACGGGCAGUGGUGCGAAGCAGCGCAAGGGCUCAAGACGAGUGUCGGUGCCAAAGACGGGGCCAUCACCGCAACAGAAUAAUUGUUUUCUGGCACCGACGAUUGUCCACAACAGUGGUGGUGGCUCGUCGUCCGGCACCUCAGCAUCGACAGCAACAACAGCCACAGAUAAAUCAUCGAAUAGUAAUCAGAAGUCGAAGAAGGAAAUUAAUGGUGGUGUCAUUUGUACCACAACAAAGGAUGGAGAAAAAAUUACACUGGUAGUAAAUCAAGAAGUUGAGGGGGGAGAAGUGGGUGAGUUGGGGCAGGCGAAAAGUGAGAAUCAAACCAAUGUGUAG